UGGUCCCUAGUACAAUAGUUAAAUUUACAAUUUACAAAUACGAUGCGAUAGCUCCACAUUUGUCCGAAAAUGUGCGGUUAAAAUUCCCCGCGAUCCGCAAAGCGGCGGUGAAACAGUCGAACAAAAGCGACAGAAAAAGAAACGAAGCGAGAAGAAGAAGUGAGAAUUAAACAAGUUUGCGUGGAACGAAAAAUUGCGUGAAAAGAAAAGAAGAAAGCCACUGAAGAGCAGAUGCAAUGAUGGUUUAUGUUUAACAAAUUUGCUAAGGAGUUUCGAGUUUUUUUGAGCCCUCGUCAUCCGUAAGUUCGUGUGUGUGAGUCUGCCAACGAGUGUGUGUGUGCGUGAGUGUUGUGAGUGGUUUGGAAAUGAGAGUGUCGCAGUUCGAGUGCAAAUGAAGUUGGCCAAGCCCAAAACGCGAAAUAAUUAAAGCAACUAAGAAAAGUACCCGUCGCGUGGGGAUUAACUACACCCAGGGGUUAACCAAGAAAAUUAAUACAAAACAACAAAAGCAAAAAUCCGAUCGUGAGCAGGACGAAGAAGGAGACAGCCAAAAUGAGCGAAGAACUGAAAGUGGUGCUGAGGCGCAGUGAGCAGCAUUCCGGUUUCGGGUUUUCGCUGCUCGGAACCACUGGACCGCCACAUGUCAUCUACGACAUCGUCGAGAAUUCGCCGGCAGCCGAUUGUGGAGCGGUUGAGGCCGGGGAUGUCAUCCUCAAAGUCAACGGAACAGAUGUCCAUCGCUAUACAACGAAGCAAGUUCUCAAAUGCCUGCGCCUGUCGGAACAGCUGGUAACCUUGGAGCUGAAGCGAGAUCCCAAGCUCAAGGCGCGGAUCAAAGAGCAGCUGGCCAACACCCAGAGUCCGCAUUAUGUGGACAUUGAGUCGCCGAAUAUCUACGAUUACAACAGUAGCAGCACCAACUCCUCGCCGAAUCACAGGCCAAACACCGGUGGUAAGGGGGUGGCGACCACUCCCUCGCAAAGCGGACUGCGCUAUAAGUCGCCAACGCACUUGCCCUCACUGCGCCAGAACUCGUCGCCCCUACUGGCGAGUGGAUCUACCACAACCACGACCACCGCCACGCAUACGCACACCCACAGUCGAAACUCCUCGGCCAGCUCCACCAAGAUCAAGGUGGUGGAGACCAGCAUCACCACCUCGACCACAGGCAUAGUAGGGCUUGCAUCGCCCACCGGUAGUGCUGGUGGGGAGGCCACAUCGCCCACCUUCCGCCCCUCACGCAUUCCACAGGCGCUGACCAAAUGUGCCGUACCGAAGCCCGUGCCCGUUCUCCAUUCGCCCCAAAAUAAGCGUCCACGGCCCUCGCAAAUACCGACGAAGGCGUCUAACGGCAACGGGAACGGACAUACUCCCCAGUUGCCUCCCCAAUCGCUGCAACAUUCGAACAGCUAUAGCGGCAGUCCAGUAACCCGACAACGGUUUACGGACAGGGAGCAGGAACGGGAACCGGAACCGAACUCGGCGCCACCGCAGCCAGCAAAGGCGCCACGUUUUGAGGCUUACAUGAUGACUGGGGACCUGAUCCUCAAUCUAUCACGAACACCACAAACCAGCAAUCCCCUACCUGCCCAGACCAAGAAGGUGGACAGUCUACGGGACUCACCCAGUCGCCCGAUUAACUCACGUAUCAAUGGCGCACUGGCACCGCGUGCCUCUGGUGAAUCCUCUCCCACGUCCUCCUCGUCUGUGGACUCGCCCAUCAAUACCAGCUCGGAUUCGGUGAAGCGCGAGGCAAAACUGUUACAAAAGCAACAACAGCAGCAGCAACAACAACCUCACCAACAGCAACAGCAGCGGGACAGCAUAAAUAACAGCUACAACCGCAAGGAUUCGCUGACCAACGAUACGCUGUUGAUGUGCGAGGAGCUGGAGCAGGACGAGGAGGGCGAAUAUGUCCUGGAAGAGGACAACAAGCAGCAGCGACAGCGCCAACAGCAGCAUCGAUACCGACAACAGCAAAAUCAGCAACGCUACGAAUACUACCAAAACGAGGACGAGCUGGAGGAACAGGAGGAGGUGGAAGAGGAACGCGAGGAGGAUCAAACGCACUACGACAUCACAAAUAUCGAAACCUACCAGAGCGGAUUGGGCCGGGGAGACGAGGAUGACAGCGAUCGGCAGUGCCUGGUGGAUGACGACGAUGAUGAUGACGCCUACGACGAUGAGGAGAAUGAUGCCGGUGACGAGGAUUAUUCGACCAACUCGCUGGGUUCAGGUUCAGCGAAACAAAGAUUGCGAGCGCUAAAACAGCGGACUGCCACCCGCCAGCAGCAGCGAAAUCGGGACGCCGUUGACUGCGCCGGACGUUCCGGAUCGGGAUCUUCAUCUACCACGGUCAAGAGCGAGGCGGGCGGCCUUGGUCUGGACGAAACCUCCUUCUCAGUGCCAACAUCUCCCAUCUCGCUGUCGACGCCUCUAAUCGACAAGGAAACGGCCAACUCUGUGCCCACCAGCCCAGAACCUAGUUCGCUUGUUCCCGAAUCGAGUAGUGGCGCUGGCGCCGGAGCUGUGGUAGUUCGCCGACACAAUGGGCAUGUUGUGCGGAAAUGUGAUGCAGCUGGAUUCCGCACCAGCAAGUCCGAGGACCAUCUGCAGCAGAUCCAGCGGGAGGGCAUCGCUGCUGUGAUACCUAUCGACAUCGAUGAGGAUGUGAAUAGUUCAUUGAACACGUUGCUGGACACGCGUCAAGACUCCGAGGACUCACAGUCGAUGGCCACUGUAAUUGUAAACAACUCGUCACUGGCCUCGAACAACAACGAGGGUGAGCAGAACGACAACCGGAGCAGCAGCAACAGCAGCUCCAGCGACAACAAUAACUGCAGCAGCAACAUCAGCGAACCAGCAGCAACAUCUGCAACUGCAACAAUCACGACGACUGCAACAUCAACGAGAACGAUGAACUGCAGCAGCAAAUUAAACUAUAUUUUAUGCAAAAAGGCAUCGGAUCGCGACCGGAUCGUGUGGACUUAUAAUGCCCCUCUCCAGCCGCACCAGUUGGCGGCCCUACAGCGACAGCAGCAGCAACAAGAGCAGCAAUUCCAGCAGCAACAGCAACAACUCCAGCAGCAACAUAUGCAGCAACAGCAGCAACUACAGCAGCAACAUCAGCAGCAGCAGCAACAACAGCAGCAACUCUACGGUCAGCAAUCGCAUUCAAAUUCACAUUCAAGUUCCAUUAGUUCGUCGCCCCAGCACUCGGCUGCGGGUAGUCCGGCCUCGCCCACGUCGGUUUCCUCGUCGGUGAUGUCCUCGUCGGGCUCCAAAGGUGCCCUGGGCCUGGGCAGCAGCAGCAAUGGUCCCAUUGCUGCCGUGCAUCAACAACAGCAGCAGCAGCGAGAGCAAGGCGGUCAGGUCGCGUAUCUGCCCAGCGGGAUUCCUGGUCUGCUGAGCUGCCCAGGCGGCGGGCCCGGGAACAAUGGUGGUGGUGGAGGCAUUGGUGGUGGUGGUGGCAACAACGAUCAGAGCGUCUCAGAGGCCAUUUCGAAUAUAUCUAGUCCUGACUACCAAGACGACGAUAACUUAUUGAGUUCUCGCGAUAUUCUAGGCGGCAUGGUACUUAGCGAUCCCAGUGACUCGGACUCCACCAUUCUCGUCUCGGACGCAGCCGCGCAGCAGCGCCAGCAGCUUAAACAGCAGUUGCGUGCCCAGCAGCAACAGCAGAGGGACAGGGAACGGGAGAGGGAUCGGGAUCGGGAUCGUGAACGGGAACAGUCCGAGCACAAGGUGGUCAUUCAAGUGCGUGGACUGGACAGCAACAGCAGCGGCAACGGUAACAACACUCGCUCCGAGGAGGAUGGUUUCACGCUGACGGAAGGGCCGCUGGGUUCGAUGACCAUCGGCAUGCUAGAUGCCUCGCCGCCAGUCUCCGACGACGGCAGCGAUGUGGAGUCCCUACACUCGUAUCACUACUCGCCCAAGGCCGUGGACAUGCCCUCGGCUAUUCGCCUGGCCAAAAGACUGUACUCCCUUGACGGUUUCAAGAAGAGCGAUGUGUCGCGACAUCUCAGCAAAAACAACGAUUUUAGUCGAGCGGUGGCCGAUGAGUAUCUCAAGCAUUUCACGUUCGAGAAAAAGUCACUGGACCAAGCGCUGCGUGAGUUCUUGCAGCAGUUUUCGCUGUCCGGCGAAACGCAAGAACGGGAGCGUGUACUAGUUCACUUUUCCAAGCGCUUCCUGGAUUGCAAUCCUGGCACCUUCAAUUCUCAGGACGCCGUGCACACGCUGACCUGUGCCAUAAUGCUGCUGAAUACGGACUUGCACGGCCAGAACAUGAAUCGUAAGAUGAGCUGUGCGGAGUUUGUCGACAACCUGGCAGAUCUCAACGAUGGCGAGAACUUUCCCAAGGAUGUGCUCAAGUCGCUUUACCAGGCCAUUAAAACCAAGCCGCUGGAGUGGGCACUAGAUGAAGAGGCAGGUGAUCUGCAGCAGCAAAGAGCCAACAAUACUGCCCUGGGCAAUGUGGGUCAGAAUCCUUUCCUCGAUCCCCCGGAACUCGCAACUGCUGUGGAGUACAAAAAAGGCUAUGUGAUGCGUAAAUGCUGCUAUGACAGCAGCUUUAAGAAAACUCCAUUUGGCAAACGCUCCUGGAAAAUGUUCUAUUGCACGUUGCGUGAUCUUGUGCUGUAUUUGCAUAAGGAUGAGCACGGUUUUCGCAAAAGUCAAAUGUCCGACAAUCUGCACAAUGCAAUACGCAUACAUCACGCACUAGCCACUAAGGCCAAUGACUACACCAAGAAGCAACAUGUGUUCCGUCUGCAGACGGCCGACCAGGCCGAGUAUCUGUUCCAGACCAGUGAUUCCAAGGAGCUGCAGUCAUGGGUGGAGACGAUCAACUAUGUGUGCGCCGCUAUAUCAGCGCCUCCGCUCGAGGGCGGCGUGGGCAGCCAGAAGCGGUUUCAGCGUCCACUCCUGCCUAGCAAACAGUCCAAGCUUUUACUAAAAGAGCAGUUGGACUCGCACGAAGUGCAGUUGGCCCAGUUAGAUCAGGAGCUGAACGAGCACAAGAAGGGUCCGAUUCCCAGCAAGGGUUUAGCUCUGCAAAAUUACAAGGAGAAGGAGAGCUACUUGCAGUACGAGCUGCGUCGCUAUCGCACCUAUGUGAGCAUCCUGAGCGCCAAGAUGCUAGCUGACCAGCAGCAAUUGGAGCUGCAGGCCCAACAGCCGACUCCAGCGGCGCACGAGGAAGAGGCCGACACAUUCCCAGUGGGCAACCCCGCCUGCACGACACCCACGCCGCAAAGUAUUAACCAAAAGGAUCAGCAGAAGGAGCCGCACCAACAGCCAACGAACAGAAAAGAGAAGAAAAAGAAAUAAUUACGUUUUGUUUCGCUCUUGAUUUCGAUCAUUUCAAAACUCGCAUACCAACACAAACACCUUCACCACAAUCCCCGCCUUCUGGCCAUUUGAGAAGCAGGCGAAUGAAUGAAUUUGAUUAGAAUACUCCGAAAUGCCAAGCUGCCUCAGCCGGGAACACAGACAGAUCACAUCCACAGAACCACUCACCCACUCGCAUACUCAGCACCACACACGCCAAGCCACUACCACCCACUACCCACUUACACUCAAGCGUUGCGGCUGUGCCGUGUCUGCCACUGAAGAAAUUCGGAAUUUGUGCACUUUCAAUUACGUCAAUCCCAUUGGGGGUUAAGAGGGAAAUAUCAUUUGAGAUAAUUAGACUACCGACACGAUAAUUAACGAGGAAGAGUUUUACGUUUAAAGGUCGUCCAUCAGAAAAUAUCGGCAUUAUCUUGAAUUCAAGACAUUGAUUUCAUUCGUAUGAAAGCUAGUUAUCCAAAGAAGGAUACUCGGAAUCGGUUUCAUAUGUUUUAAAGCUAAAAAAUUCGAUUUGAAUUAUCGUUAAUUUUUGCUUCGCCAAAGAUUCUGCUGGACGGCUGUUUAGGAACGAGAAUAAAAACUGCUUAUACACAUAGACUUAUUAUUACAAGAGUUGAUAAACAAUACUUACAUCAUUACCUAUGCUAUCAUUAUAAAUGAUAAAAAUAAAUUAUAAAUUAUUGAACAAUAUCUCUAUGCAACCAGAAGAUGGAGAUUAUCGGCAGUAACAAUAACGCAAUGAGAACGAGGAUAAGAGCAUUAGCACUAAACCUAAGCAAUUACUACCAUACCAUGUACGACUUGUUUUUUGGUCUUUUGCGAUUAUCAUUAUCACAUUAACUGUGUAGGUACACUUUCUCCAAUAUUAUGUACGGAUUAAUAUAUUUAUUUAAACAAUUAUCGGUUGAUUACGCGACAUGUCCAUGUAGCUAGAAUAUGAAAUUAAUAUCGAUUACGGGGUAAUGAGAGAAUGGAGGAAACAAUAAAAUUAAAUACAUCAUAUAUUUUUGAAUAUAUUAUAAUUAUUGUAUUGUGUAAUUAUGUAAAUGCAGAAUAUAUUACAUUGUUUAUAAUAAUUUUUAACAAUUACUACUGAAACGGCAAUAAAUUCGAAAAUACAAACUAAACUAAACUAAUCUACAAAAGUGACAAAAACUUGCCUGCAAACCAAGCGCCUAAACGUAUGCAUAUUGUAUAUUUAUUUAGUCAAACAUUUUAACCGACUUACAAAGGGCAUCACUUAGUUUUUAAAGCAAUACCCUUUCGAUAACAAUUCACACAAGCAUUCAAUUGAGUAAACUUUUGGCGAAAAGGGAAACAAGAAGACGAACGUGGAGACGGUGAUUUUUAUGUGAACAUUUAUUACUAAAUGAUAAGCUUUGAGUAAACUUAGGAAAGCCGUUAUACUAUGCAUAUACACAUAUAUAUAUGAACUAUAUAUAGUAUAUAUGAAUGCUCAUGUGAGCAACCAAACAAUUACGAUAUGAAUCAUUAAAUACUUCCGAAAGCAUUAAA